AUGUCUACUCAUAGAUACAACUCAUGGUUAAAGACCAAGAAGAAGGGUGAACUGGAGACCCUCGCCGAGUCUGUGGGACUAUCAGGCCUCGACGGUUUCAAGAAAGACGACCUCGGUGUAGCUCUUGACAGCUAUCUCACAGAGAACUCGUCGCGCUUUAUCGCCGAUCCAGACCUCGCUGGCUACUUCAACAGUCGUUCCAAGGCUCAAGGAUCCCCGAUCAAGAAGGAAGUCUUCCGCGAAGACAGCGUCAAGGUAGUUCGACGAAGGCCCUCAAAGCCUGUGGAAGAGGAAUCACUUGACGUUCUUAUCAGUCAAGGCGCGCCAGUGCCCAAGGAAUUCUGCUUCGCGCGUAUCGUUUCGAGUGACAGAAGUGACAUUGCUUCUUCUCCCCUAGCUACAUCUACUGCGCUUGUCGAGACUCCUGGCCGUACACUGGCGCAGGUCGCGUCGAGCAUUACGCUACAUGCGCUACCUGCGACUCCUGCCGAUGUAGCUCUGGCUGUUGAUCGCUCAACCAGCAUCGUGCGCCAGCGCGUCUCGUCAAUGUACGAGGAAAGCGGCAUCACUGAAGUUAGCCAUGCGACACGCGACACACUCAGCACUGUCACAAGCAUUCUCUUUUGCGUCGCAGGUUGGGAGUUGUGGAAUGUCCGUCGCGAGAUUCUAAGCAACAUUUACGCCUUCACAAUUCCCGCCAUCAGCACUCUUGGCACGCCAGACUACCCUGUCUAUGUUCCUGACAUGUUCUUGCUUCUCACCUCCAGCUUCUGGUCCCCUGCCCUGACCUGGAUUCUUACCAGCGUUGUUAUUCCCUCCUUUGUUGGCUACUUUUUCAACCUCAGCGCCACAAGCCCCCCUCCUUCGCGAGUUCGCCCUCGUCCAAGUUACGCCGACUACGUCGUGGACCCCUUGACUUUCAGUAUUGUCAAGGCACUCGUUUCAUUUGUUGUCUACGGCCAGGGCGUCAACUUUGGCGGUCUUCUGAGCGACCUUUCAAUAAUGCGCCUUGAAAACGCUGUUUAUGGUGGCUACAAGGGCAUCUUGACCGGAACUGCCAUUACUGGCUUAGUGAGCAUUUACGACGCCGUUCUGAGGAAGUGA